AUUUUCUCGUCAAAAGUCAACAGAAACCGUUUUUCUUUAUACUGUUAAAGAAAGGGAAAAAAAAUGGUGAGAGUUGUAGUAUCUUAUUUCUACGUGUUGGCAAUCUUUCUUGUCAGCUCCGGCAAUGGAAAUGUUGUCCCAGCCAGAGAUAAUAAUGUUUUCCCUGGCUGUGGGGGAUACAUUUUUGUUGACGACGAGGUCGUGAUCGACGGUCCCUUUAACGAAGAUUGUAUUUUCCAAUUCGAAACGAAAGAGGAUCGUAUUCUGGCGUUCUCCGUCGUCGAUGGGGACCUAAUAGAAACUGAAAUUUUUUUAGCCAUUCAUGACGGUAUCGACAGCAAGGCUCCCGUUCUCCUUGUAGAGAACCGGAAGCUUCUUGAACUUUCCAACCAGGAUUUGCCAACUACGGUGUACACGUCUCAAUCGGAAGCAGUUAUCCAGUUUACGAAGAAGCCAACUUCAAAUCUAAAAUUAAAAAUUCAGAAGGCCGUCCGAUGUGCUUUCAAUUUGGGACUCGACAGCCAAUGUGGUCGAGUAGUUGACGAGGUUUCCUGUUACUGCGCUACAUUCAUUAACAGAAUUCAUCCCGACCAAACAAUGUUUUGUGUCGACCAUAACAUGAAGUUGGUCUCCUUCGAAAAUCGAACAGAAGAGGAGCGCGUUCAAGCCGCUUGGGGAACAGAAGUUGCAUAUUGGACUUCCCUGACGGACACUCGUCGCGACGGAAGUUGGCUGUGGGAGAGCUCGAUGACCGUUCCUGUUUACACCAAUUGGUAUCCUAAAAGACCCAACACGGCCGUCAACAACGUCGACGACUGCAUGGCGUAUGGUGGUGCGACUUUUUUGACCUUCUGGGGCGAUGUGGCUUGCACAACGAUGGCUCAUGCAGUCUGUGAAGCACAGCCAUAAUUUUUGGCCAACAUAACAGCUUGACCAGUCAAUUUACCGCUUUCAAUCAAAUUAAUUCAACUAUGAAUAUAAUAUGAGAUGUUUAUUGAUAGAGAAAUGCUUGUCUCGCUCAAUAUGAUCAAACUCUAUGCAUAGAAUACAGCUAAAUGGAAUACGAGAAAUAAAGAGGAAAUCUUUAUUGGUUUUAUUAUAUGAUUA